AUGCAGCACGAAGUAUCGAUAUCGAAGGACUUUGAGGACAUGCCGCCUUCCUUCAUCUGUCCCAUCACGAAUGAGAUGAUGCGGGAUCCUGUUUCCACGUGUGACGGGCACAGCUAUGAAAGGAGCGCGAUAGAGGAUUGGUUGCAGAAGCACAACACGAGCCCAGUGACGAACCUUCUGCUGGAGAGCACCAUCCUUAUCCCCGUGCAUGCGCUGAGGAACAGCAUCGAGGAAUGG